AUGGAGGAAAAGCUUUGGAAGGAUCACUGUGUGCUCCUCAACGAAGGUGAAGAAAAUGAGCUGGAGAUAUUUGGCUACAAACCCCAAGGCUGGCGGAGGGUCCUGUGCAUUGCUGGGUACAUCUUGUCCUGUGGAGCUUUGCUGCUGCUGUUUUACUGGAAGCCAGAGUGGGACGUGUGGGCAAACUGCACCCGCUGCAGCUUGGAAGAAGCAGACAUUGUUCUGCUCCGAACAACAGAUGAGUUUCAGAGAUAUACCUGGAAGAAAGUGACCUGGAUUGAUUUGUCCACACUGGCACUACCUGUUGAUAGUAAUUCAGAUGGUCGUCUCGUAGCUGAUAAAGACUCUGUCAUAAACAGAGCUGUAAUGAAACCACAGUUAAAGAUGAGAUGUAUCCAGGUGCAGAAAAUCCGUUAUAUUUGGGACUGUUCUGUAAAAGCAUUCAAGAAAGUUGGAUCAUUAGAAGACAGCAACACGUGUCACACCAUACACCAAAAGUUUGGAGCUGGCCUGACAAGGGAAGAACAGAAGAUCAGGCAGCUGGUGUGUGGACCUAAUGCCAUUGAAGUUGAAAUUCGUCCUGUUUGGAAGUUACUUUUUAAAGAGAUUUUAAACCCCUUCUAUGUGUUCCAAGCCUUCACCCUCACUCUGUGGCUGAGCCAAGGGUAUAUUGAAUAUUCAAUGGCCAUUGUAAUCCUGUCGAUCAUUUCUGUCGUAUUAACCGUCUACGACCUUAGACAGCAGUCUACCAAGCUGCACAACCUUGUUGAGGAGCAUAACAAAGUCCAGGUUACAGUCUGCACGAAGAAUGAAGGUUGCAAAGAGCUGGAGUCUUGUUACUUAGUCCCUGGAGACAUGUUGCUUUUAGACACAGAAAAGCUCUCUCUCCCAUGUGAUGCUGUCCUGAUUGAUGGAAGCUGCAUUGUGAAUGAAGGGAUGCUCACAGGUGAAAGCAUUCCAGUUACUAAAACCCCUUUGCCCCACGUGGAGAGCCCGAUGCCCUGGAAAACCCACAGCAUGGAGGACUAUCGGAGACACGUCCUCUUCUGCGGGACAGAAGUCAUACAGACCAAGCCGACAGGCAGGGGCCCAGUGAGAGCCGUCGUGCUGCAAACCGGGUUCAAUACAGCUAAAGGUGACCUGGUGAGAUCCAUCCUCUACCCCAAGCCAGUGAACUUCAAACUCUACAGGGAUGCCUUCAAGUUCAUCUUAGGCCUCUCUGCCAUUGGUGUGUUUGGACUCAUCUACACUGUGUGUGUGUUCGUGUCCCACAAGAAGCCAGUGGCAGAUGUGGUGACUAUGGCCCUCCUCCUCCUCACCGCGGCCGUGCCUCCUGCUAUCCCUGCUGCCUUGACAACAGGCACUGUUUAUGCCCAGAGGAGGCUGAAGAAAAAGAAGAUUUUCUGCAUCAGCCCACAGAGGAUUAAUAUUUGCGGGCAGAUCAACCUUGUUUGCUUUGACAAAACAGGCACGCUGACAGAAGAUGGACUGGACCUGUGGGGCAUCAUCCCUUCUGAGGGAAGUUGUUUCCAGAAAAUCCAUAAGUUCCCAUCCAGCACUCCUCUGCCCUGGGGGCCUGUGUGCGGGGCCAUGGCGAGCUGUCAUUCACUGCUUGCUUUGGAUAAGAAGAUCCAGGGAGAUCCGCUGGACUUGAAAAUGUUUGAGGGCACAAACUGGGAGCUAGAUGACUCUAGCACAGCUCAGCAUGUGGCUGGUGCUCUCAACACCUGCAUCGUUAGACCGGGGCCAAAGGCCAGCAGUGCUCCUGUGGAAGGAAUAGCAAUCCUACAUCAAUUCCCAUUUUCUUCUGGGCUGCAGAGGAUGUCUGUUGUUUCACAAAAGAUUGGAGAGGAGCAGUAUGACCUGUACGUGAAAGGAGCACCAGAAAUAGUGUCCAGCUUUUGUAGACAAGAAACAGUCCCAGUGAAUUUCUUAAAGGAGCUUAAGACAUACACAAGCCAAGGCUUCAGAGUCAUUGCACUGGCCCAUAAAGUCUUAAACCUUGGAAAGAAUGUAGACAUGAGCAACCUAGAGAGAGAGGAGGCAGAGUCUGGGCUGGUGUUCCUGGGCCUCCUGGUGAUGGAGAACCGCCUGAAGCAGGAGACGAAGCCUGUGCUGCAAGAGCUGGCUGCUGCCCACAUCAGGAGUGUCAUGGUCACAGGGGACAACCUGCAGACAGCUGUCACGGUGGCCAGGAACGCGGGUAUGAUCCACACAGGCAGCAGAGUCAUCCUCAUCGAAGCGAGCCAACCGGAGGGCUCUGCCCCAGCUUCCAUUGCCUGGCGACUGGCAGAAGACUGCAAAGCAAACACAGCUGCUGCCCCUGAGGUAUGUGCUAAUAUCGAGGAAAAGAUCACCUUGGAAGGAGAAAACUGCAACUACCAUUUUGCAAUGAAUGGGAAGUCCUAUCAGGUUAUUGUAAAGCACUUCUACAACUUGCUGCCAAAAAUACUAGUGAACGCGACUGUCUUUGCUAGGAUGUCUCCUGGUCAGAAAUCCAGCCUCGUUGAGGAAUUUCAGAAACUCAAUUACUACGUGGGUAUGUGUGGUGAUGGUGCCAACGACUGUGGGGCUUUGAAAAUGGCUCAUGCGGGGAUAUCGCUGUCAGAGCAGGAGGCCUCCGUGGCCUCACCUUUCACCUCCCAGAUCCCCGACAUCCAGUGUGUGCCCGAGCUGAUCAGGGAAGGUCGAGCUGCUUUGGUUUCUUCCUUUGCUGUGGUUAAAUAUCUGGCCCUUUAUGGCCUGAUUCAGUUUGUUGGUACUGCUCUGCUGUUUUGGCAACUGCAAAUCUUUGGGAAUUACCAGUAUUUGAUACAAGAUGUCAUCAUCACCCUUCUGGUUUGCCUGACAAUGAGCUUGACUGAAGCUUAUCCAAAGCUGGCACCUUAUCGCCCUCCUGGCCAACUCAUCUCUCCUCCCUUGCUGCUCUCCAUCAUCCUCAAUGUGUGCUUUACCAUCAUCUUGCAAACCUGUGGCUUCCUCCUGGUGAAGCAGCAGCCCUGGUAUGUAGCACUGCCCAACCAGAGACAUUGCUCUCCAGGGAACCAGACUGUGUCACCUGGAAACGGUACCAGCAGUGGUUCUCAGAGCACUGUCCUCAGCUAUGAAGACACUACCCUGUGGCCGCUGUCUUCUAUCAACUGCAUCAUUGUGGCCUUUGUCUUUUCCAAGGGAAAGCCCUUCCGGAAGCCCAUCUACACCAACUAUGUAUUUUCAGUCCUCUUGGCCCUCCAGCUUGCAAUCUGCCUCUUCCUCUUCUUGGCUGACAUUGAUGCUGUGUACAGUGACAUGCAGUUUCUUUGCACUCCUGUGAUCUGGAGAGUUUAUGUCUUACUGAUGAUCUUGGUCACAUUUUGCAUAUCUUUUUUUACAGAGGAUGUCAUUCUGCAGAACAAGAGCUUCUGGCUGCUGAUUAAAGCCUGGUCUGGGUACCAGUCAAAGAGCCAGUACCGCAAGUGGCAGAGGAUUGUGCAGAGGGACCCUGACUGGCCUCCGGUGAACACAAAGGACUUUGCAACUAAAAGCACAGAUGAGAUUUACAUUAACCCCACCUAUGAGCACAGUGACAGGGACUAG